AUGUCGCUCACACCAGAUGCGGACAACACUGCAACACCUGAUGAGGGUUUGUCGUGGGAGUUGAUCUACCCCAAAACAACCACAGCGAUAUUUUCACUGGCGGUUUCAAAUGUCAUUCUCUCCUCGAUGGGCUGCGCGGGAAAUAUCUUCAUCAUGGUCAUAAUCUCAAAGUGGAGCAAUAUUUCAUCAGGAGCUGCGUUCAUGUUCAGUUUGGCUCUUGCAGACUUCCUGAGUGGAUUUUAUGAUGGAUUUGUGGACGAACUUCUGCCGCUUUUGGGACUGUCACUGGACUUAGUAAACAGCUCACUUUGCGCCAUUUGUACCUUUAUGAACCGCCUGACAACAAUUGCGUCAUUUUGGAUCACUGCGCUAUUCAGUGUUGACAAAUGCUUUGCGGUGAUAUUUCCGUAUAGGUAUCGCGUCUGGGGAAAGCCGAAAGUUUGUGUAGUCGCGACAUUGACUGUGUAUAUUUUAAACGCAGCUCUCACUGUGCCCGAUCUUUUUGUGCUGGGUGUUGACAAUGAGUACAGUGGUAUGUGCCAUGCGGUCAAGUUUGACAUCCUCAGUCGCUAUUUAUACUUCGAGCUCCGAACGCCAAUCAUUAUCUUGUUCGGGGCUGGUUUGCCAACUGCGACUGUAGUAAUAUGCGCGCUCGUUACACUGAUCAAAAUACGAUUGGACCAAAGAAAACGCUCCGACCAGAGCGGCACUAGCAAGCAGAGAAACUCGCCAAGAGCACGCCUUGAUGCCGAGAUCACCAGGCAAAUGAUUGUUGUAUGCUUUCUGUUCGGUGUUAUAAUGGUCACCUCCUCUGCAAUAAUACGGGUCAAUCAUGGAUCGGAACCGAAGACGGCCGGAGACGAAGCAAAGUACACUCUUCUUGACCGAAUCAAUUCUGUUUUGACAUCGAUGAUAAACGCGGCCAACUUUUAUUUGUAUCUAAUUUUUGGGAAGAAGUUCAGAAACGACUUCAAACGUUUAUUCCAAAAACAAAACGGCGAAUAG